AUGAAGAAUAAAUACAGCCCUGUUUCAGACUCUGACGAGUCUUUCAAUACGCUCAUUGAUGAGAAAUCAGAUAUACAUUCUUCAGAGGGUACGCCUCCUCCGUAUUCAGCUCCGAACAAAUUUAUUGAUUUAGAAAUGGCUGAUGGAUCUGCUCAGCAUUCUGCCCAAGAGUCCACUAACAACGCUGGAUCGGAUUCGACAUAUUCGAAGUGGAUUAUUAUCAUAUAUCUCUUUUUUUUGCGUCUCUUGGGUACAUUGGGGCUUAUUGUAUUCUUCUCGUAA